CUCAGCCCCGACCUCAUCAUGCAGGCCUCCUGGUGUCGCCUCUUCUUCCUGGGCCUCCUGGCCCUGGCCACCGCCGUCAACCCGAAACCAGAGAAGGCAGGGUCCUGCCCCCUGUCAGUUCUGGAAAACAUGGACCCAAACGACUGCCAGCAGUUGUGCCAAGAGGACAGCAUCUGCCCAGACGAGCAGAAAUGUUGCAUGAUGGGCUGCUCUCGCCAGUGUGUGGCUCCCAUUCAAGAGAAGGCCGGUGAAUGCCCGAAGUCGCCGACCUGGGUGGCCCAGCCCUGCAUCGAGAAGAGCGAGUGCGUCCAAGACUGGGACUGCCACGACAACAAGAAGUGCUGCUUCAAUGGCUGCGCCAAGAAGUGUAUCCUCCCUUACAGAGAAGAGCCUCAGCAGUAAGCAGGCCGGAGGAGUCCAAGUAGCCCCCUGGAACCUGAAGAUCCAAGUGUUCCCCCGUCCCUCUCCCGUCCCCCGGGCCUGAGCCCUGGUGGGGCUGGGCCCAAGCCGGCCCCCUCCCCUCCCUGGCCUCCAGCCCCCAUUUCCUGGGCCUUUCUUCCCUCAGGUUAAUAAAGGAAACAAACAGGUUU